AUGUCAUGUUAUGUUGACAACAAGGCGAGUGAGUUUCCCGACGUUGUUGGUUGUAGCCUGCAGCAAGCCUAUCUAGAUCUCACCUUGACCAAGACACUGAGGUGCCAAAGCGGUUGGUCAACUCGGCAACUUGAAGCCGAGCCAUGUUUUUAUUUUUCGCGAUGCGGGAUGAUGAUGAUGUCUGUCUCCCCGGGGACCAGUGAUGGUCCUAUGGGAUCUUGUCUUUCUCAGCCGCGUCCCUUGGCUUCUCCUUUUGACCAGGUUCUUUUCCAUGGAAAUCUUUCUAGAAGGCCGCGGGAUUAUCAGUGCAUGGUCCCCCCAUCGGCACCGGAACGGCAAUGGUGGAUCUAUCGGGUUGAAGAUAUCUUGGAAGCUGUAAAUCAGCCUGUAAGAACUGUCGGACUCGCCCGAAAUUUGACGAGUUAG